AUGUCUGGCGUUGAGCUCUUGGGUGUUGCAGCAGCGGCUGAACAGUUCGGCAAAGUUGCUCUCGAGACCGCCAAGUUCAUUAAAUCUGUGGUUGGCGAGAUUCAAGAUGCCCCAGCCCGAAUACAGCAACAGAUUGAGCGAAUUGACAGCCUUGCCUCUCUUGCAACACAAAUAAAAGGCACAAAGACUUUGCAAACAGUCGAAUUUGAAAAUAUAUUAACUCGGUGUGAAAGUCACAUACGAGAGUUGCAAACUCUUUUGGACAAGAUUUCAUUCGAGCCCACGAACUCGUUGCCGAGGAAGACUUCGAAAGCUAUAUGCAGCUUAAACGAAGCAGAAAAUAUUACGAGGCUAUUCAACAUACUUGAUCAUGAGUACAGCACACUUAAUACUCUCAUUAACCUUCUAGGGCAAACAGCCGAUUCCAGUAAAAAAUGUGUUCAAGCUCUCUUCAUUACAGACCCUGCAAUUGAUCGCGCCAAGCUUAUCACGUCCAAAGGAGAAAUUGUAAGCGGCACUUGCGACUGGAUCACUCAGAAAGACGAGUUUGUCAAAUGGAUAACAUCCGACGGUGGGCUGCUUUGGAUAUCGGGCGGCCCGGGCUUGGGCAAAACGAUGUUAUCGAUUUACCUCACGGAAUAUCUCUCGAUGUAUUUCAGAUCUCUCGAUCAUGAGCCGCGCCAUUAUUCAACUUUUUUCUUCUGUGAUGCCAAAGACGAUACGCGGAAUAGCGCCGUUGCUAUUGUUCGGGGAUUGCUCUUCCAACUCCUGGAGCAAAAAGAGGAUCUAAUCACACAUAUCCUUCCCACUUAUGAGAUUCAGAAGGAUCAGAUGUUCCGGCAAAACUCAUUCGAAACCAUCUGGAAAAUAUUUCUUGAAAUGACAAACGAUAUUGGAGGAUCGCAAGUGUCUUGUAUUCUUGAUGGGCUAGACGAGUGCGAGCCAGAAUCAUUACAGGACCUUUUACAAAAGCUCAAUAGAAUCACAAGCACCUCGCCUGGGCUUAAAAUAAUAGUUCUGAGUCGAGAACACCCACGAUUCCUUGAGGAUUCACUAGGCCAAUUUUUGAGAAUUCGUCUUGAUCCAGACGCGAAAUCAGAAGUCAACGACGGGCUAGAUUUGUAUAUCUCAACGCGCGUUGUGGAGCUCUCUGAGAGCAAGCACUAUCCAGCUGAGUUGACAGAUCAUGUCAAAAAGAAAUUAAAAGAAAAGUCUGAGGGCACAUACCUGUGGGUCAGCUUUGUUGUUAAAGAUCUUGAAAAGGUGGAAGUAUCUGAGGUGGAAGUGAGGUUAGACCAGCUUCCACAGGGAUUACAUUCGCUUUAUGAAAGAAUUCUCGAGCAAGUAGAUCCCUUUCAUCGAGAUCUAUCUCUGGAUAUUCUUCGAUGGUGCACAUUCGCAGUUCGGCCGCUCACACUCAGUGAACUUGCCUCCGCUCUGGGGAUCCAGCCCACCAACUUGCUAGAUAAAGAAGCUGUUUUGCGAGGCAAAUUAGCAUACUGCGGUCAUUUGAUAAGCAUAUCAGACGAUACCAUAAGUCUAGUUCACCAAAGUGCCUACGACUUUUUAACAAGGCAUAUUUCGGACAAUGGGAAGGUGCCGUGGUUUUCACUAUCAACCGUUGAAGUGGAGCAUUCGAAAUUGGCAUCUGUUUGUAUUGCCUACUUUCAAGAACUUGGUUUGACCGUUCUCAUGCGGAGAAUCCUGGAAGAGAAAGGACAUUGGCUAUACUGGAAGUAUUUAUUUUCCAAAAAAGCUAAGGAAGCUGCUCUCCUCGCAGCCUCUUUUAAUGGACAUCUCCCUGUUGUCAAAUUACUCAUAAAAAAUGGAGUUAAUCAUGACUGCGAAGCCAGCGGCAAGAACACGCCAUUGAGCUACGCUGCGCUGCGUGGCCAUCGCGAAGUAGCCGAAUUUCUACUAACCUGCGGUGCAAACAUCAACGGCACAAACCAAAUAAAAUUCCCUUUGAUAUACGCGGUUUUGUUUGAUCGACCUAAGUUAGUGAAUUUUUUGCUUGAAUGGAAGCCUCACCAUGAAACAAAAUCUUACCGCAAAUGGUGGUCGCUGAGGCAGACUUCAAAAUCGAGAUGCGCACUAAAUGUGAAUUGCCGAGACGGGAGUGGAAACACGCCUCUUCACAUGGCCAUUGAGCGUGGCAAUACCGAAACAAUCCAAUUACUUUUGAAACACCCUGACGUUGACUCGAAAGCGGUGAACAGAUGGGGCCUCGGUGCAAUGCAUUUAGCACUGAUAUACCGCCGAUCGAAUGUUAUUGGAUGGGGUGCAAUACAUUUUGCAGUCUAUGAUUACAAAGAGCCCAUUGGCAUAUAUGAAAUUGAGAAGGACAAAACUAAUAUACUCCGGUUAAUUAUCGAGAAACUCGGAGUCGAUCCGCAUUUUCGAACAGCCAAAGUAAAAUGCCAUGAUGAUAAGUGGCAUAGUCAUCAUUUCCUUGAUAUGUCCGGUCGGGAAUAUAGCAUCCAAUAUGGUGCGCUUGGCAACAUAGCAUCGAUAAAACAGCAUGACUCCUGCUAUGAAACGGCAUUAUCUCUAUCUAUGCAGCGAGGCAAUUCAGCAGCCAUAGAAUACUUUUUGGAUCACUGCAAAAUUGACCCUAACGCAUCUUGCAGAGGCUGCGACGGCGCCACUCCUUUACAUGUCGCUGCGCAAAACUUACAGGUCCGCCUUGUUGGUAUCUUGAUCUCUAAAUUGAAGGUCAAUGUUAAUUGUAUAGACCGCUAUAAGCGAACACCACUCCACGUCGUGGUAGGCGCGAUACUAUCUCCUAGAGACAACAUUCAAGUGGGGGCAGAAAUGAUCAAAAUGCUUGUAACAGCCGGUGCGCAACUUUCUGCAACGGAUAUCGACGGAUACACUCCUCGAGAUAUAUUCGAGGCGCGAAAAGAUAUUAAUCAGGAACAAGACGAAGUAUUCAAGAGCAUGGGUUUGAUGGAACUUUUAACGUACUGA